AAGAAUGCGUGCGCACAAAAGUGAGAAAUAGAGAGAGAGAGAGAAAAAGAGAAACUCUUUCCCUUUCUAGGGUUUCGAUUUCCCCCGAAUUAGGGCUUCUAUACGUUCGAUCUCUACUCUCCAAUCGAAUUCUAGGGUUUCAGGAUCUCGAUUCGAAGCCCUUGACGGGGUUCUUGUGGAAUUAUUGGUGUUCUUGAUCCGCUUAUGAGGAGGGUUAGUUGUUGCUGAUGUUUACGCCGCAGAAGAAGGGCUGGGCCGCCGGGUGGUCGCUGACACGGGCGAGGGCCGGUGGAACGGAGGGCUCGACGCCGGCGAGCCGGAGAGGGUCGGUUCUCGGGAGGGAGAAGGGAAAGGGUGUUCUUGGGGAUGAGGUGACCCCAAUUCCGCCGCCGCCUCUGGGGUCUCUGGGAGAUGGACGGGGGUGUUUGGGAGAAGGUGGGGAGGAUGUGGAGGCUUGGGAGAGGUUUCGGCAGGAGGGGUUGCUGGAUGAGACGGGAUUACUCAGGAAGGAAAGAGAUGCUCUCCGCACGACGGUCUCCGAACUUCAGGCAGAGCUUCAUGAGUACCAAUAUAAUAUGGGGCUUCUCCUGAUUGAGAAGAAGGAUUGGACUUGUAAAUUUGAUGAGAUCAAUGAAAGACUAGCUGAAACAGAGGAAAUAUUGAAGCGAGAACAAACAUCACAUUUAAUUGCAAUUGCUGAAGUGGAAAAGCGAGAGGAAAAUUCACGGAAUGCAUUGGGAGUUGAAAAGCAGUGUGUUGCAGAUCUUGAAAAAGCUCUGCGUGAGAUGCGUGCUCAAACGGCUGAAGUUAAAUUUACUUCUGAUCGGAAGUUGGUUGAAGCUCAUGCUUUGGAGGCUAGCCUUGAAGAGAGGUCUUUGGAGGUUGAGCAAAAGCUGCAUGCUGCAGAUGCCAAGCUUGCAGAAGCAAGCCGGAAAAGCUCAGAGAUUGAAAGAAAAUUAGAGGAAGUCGAGGCUCGUGAACGCAAGAUUCAGAGAGAUUAUGUGUCAUUGGAUAAUGAAAGGAAAGCCUAUGAGAAAGAUAUUGCUAAACAAAGGGAACAUCUGCGAGAUUGGGAAAAAAAUCUGCAGGAACGCCAGAAGAGGCUUGUUGAUGAGCAACGUUCUCUCAAUGAGAGAGAACAUAGGGCAAAUGAGGCUGACCAGGAUCUCAGGAAGAAGGAAGGAGAACUUACGGAAGCACGCAAAAAGCUUGAAAUUUUUUCUAAUUCUCUGGAAGAGAAAGAUAAUGAUAUUAACAGCAGAUUCAGAGCUUUAACCACCAAAGAAAAGGAAGUGAAUAUAAAGCAAAUGAACCUGGAGCAGAAAGCGCAAGAUUUACUUGCACUCGAGGAAAAACUGAAUGCUAGAGAAAGAGUGGAGAUCCAAAAGCUCAUUGAUGAUCAUAAAGCGUUACUAGACUCUAAAAAGCAAGAAUUUGACUUGGAAAUGGAGAAUAAGAGGAAAUCUUUUGAUGAAGAGAUAAAAAAUAAAUUGGAAGAAAUGAAGAAGAAGGAACAUGAAAUCAAUCUCAAAGAGGAACAAGUUUUCAAAAGAGAACAAGCACUGGAAAGCAAAAAGGGCAGUCUGAAGGACAAGGAGAAAGAGAUUGAUACAAAGUGGAAAAAACUGAAGGAAAUGGAGAAAGCUAUAAAAAAUGAAGAGAUGAAGUUGGAUGAAGAAAACAAGAAACUGGGAAAAGAAACUCAGGCGUUGGUUGCUUCUAAGACUCAACUUGAGAGUUUGAAAGCUAAAAUUGAAGCAGAGAAAGAUCAGAUUCUCCGGGAUAUGGAAUCCUUGAAAUUGACUCAGGAGGAGAGGGAUCAACAUCUCCAAUUGCAAUUGAAAUUGAAAGAUGAAAUUGAGGACUGUGGGCUAAUGAAAAAAUCACUCGAACAGCAAAUUGAGGAUCUGAAAUCGGAGAAGGAGAGGUUUGAAAGUGAAUGGGAAGUGCUUGAUGUGAAGAGGUCUGUACUAAAUGCAGAACUAAAGCAUUACACUGAUGAAUGUGAGAAGUUUGAAAAAUGGAGGCAUAAUGAGGAAGAGCGGUUGAGAAAGGAGAGGCUUGACUCAAGAGCUGAUGUGGAAAGGGAGUUGGCAGAACUAAAUCAGAAGAAAGAAGCCUUUGAGAAAUUGAAGGCACACGAACUUGCAGAGGUCCACGAAGAGCUUGAGAGAGGGCGUGCUGAUAUUUCUGCAGAGAUUGAGCGCCGUGAGCAUGAGCUUAACAUUAGGUUGCAGAGGAAGGAGAAGGAAGCGAUGGAGAAGCUACAGGAGGAAAUGAGUGGGUUUAAUAUGAGAAGAGAUGCAGACCUUACUAAUAUUAGAGCAUCAGAAAACCUAAAUGAUGUAAGAAGUCGUAAGCUAAAGGUUGAAGAAGACCGCUUGGAGAGGGAAAAAGAGGAACUAUCUAUGCGCCGGAAAAGUCUUGAAACUGAUCAAAGUGAGAUCCAGAAAGACAUUGAUGCACUUCGUGUUCUUAGCAGGAACUUGAAAGACCAACGGGAGGAAUUUAUUAAGGAAAGAGAUUGCUUUUUCAGUGUGGCAGAGCAAUGCAAAGUGUGCAAGAACUGUGGAGUUACCAUAAGUGAAUUAGAGCUUGUUGGUCUCCAGGUAUCAAGAGGAAUAGAGGAUGCAGGAAAUUUACUUUUGCCUAGUCUUGCUGAUGGCUACUUGGAAGAUUGUAUUAAAGGUAAGAAUGCUGAAACAACUCCUCAGGUGACGACUGGUCAUCAAUCUGGUGGUUCUGGUGGCCGCAUGUCAUGGCUGCAGAAAUGUUCAAAAAUAUUUCAUUUCUCCCCUGCGAAAAAACCAGAAUCUAGUAGUGAAGCAAAGGAACAGCACUCUAUGUUGUUUACCACACAACUUGACCAGGACACUUCAGAUGUUGAAGCUGAGAAUAGGACCUCACUGCCAUUAUCUGUUGGUAAUGAUUCCUUUGAUACCCAAAGGGUUGCUCAAUCUGAUGGUAUGUUUAGAGCUAAUGAAGAAUCAGUGAGAUGUGAUGGUGUGGAUGAGCAGGAACCAUCUUUUGGUGUAGCGGAUAAUGGAAUGAAGGAGAUUGAAGUUGAGCACGUUGGUCCUUCGAAUUUUGAACAAAAUGAAAGGGCGGUGUCUUUGCUACCUGUGGCAGAUGACUCUCAACCUGAACCAUCUCAAAACAAAAAAUGCCAACCUGGCAGGAAAGGGAAGUCUAGAACACUCAGGAGAAACUACUCUGUCAAGGCAGUUGUUGAAGAUGCAAAAGCUUUCCUUGGAGAAGCUUCUGAGGGUGGGGACAGACAACUGAAUGGGGAUGGCAAAAUUUCUAUGAACACUCGUGAUGAAAGCGAAGGGGAUUCCAUUCAUACCAACCAGAUGCAAGCAAGUUCAAGGCAGAAUAAGCGUCCUGCUGACACUUCAAUGACAACUAGUGACCUGGAUGCGGAGGACAGUGAUGUGCGGUCAGGCAGUGUAUCGGUGGGAGGGCGUCGCAAGAGGAGACACAUCUCUACAGCCCCUGGAACACAGCCAUCAAUUCCUGGAGAAAGACGUUAUAACUUUAGGCGCUCCACAAUUGCGGGGACAGUUGGAGCAGCGCAAGCAGUGCCUGAUCAAUCUAAAGGGCGCAAGACUGGGCAUCGGCAGACAGAUGAAAGCAAAAUGGUAAAGGGUGAUGCUGUUGAAGAUGGAGAAGGUAGUUCUAGGGCUGCACCCACCGACGAACCUUCAUAUGCAUGUUCUGGUGAAAACAAAAGAACAUAUUCUCAGCAGAAAACAACCCUGGUUGAGACUGUUGUGGAAGCUGAAAUUUCAUCUCAAAAUAUUAUCCAGAGCGGAAAUAAAGAAGCUGAAGUGGUGACCAAUGAUUAUAUUAUUAAAAGAUCAGAGAUCAGUGUUGAAAGCGUGGAUGGUGAGGAUGAAGUAAAUGGCACAGAACUUGAAGCAGCCACUCCGGCGACGCCUUCUGAUGGAGAUUCUGAGAGCGAUGAUGAUGAUGGAUCGGAUGAGGAUGAUGAGAAACACAAUGCAUCCAUCGGCAAGAAGCUGUGGACCUUUUUCACAACAUAACCCUGCAGUUUUUUCGUCUUGAUAGAUUAAGAUCACCUUGCUGAUAAGAAGUGCACCUUGUAUUUUGUGACACUAUCUUAUGUUUGAUGCUGACUUUAUUCAUUUGGGUUUUGCCUUUGCCUUUGCCUUUGCCUUUGCCUUUGCCUUGUAUCAUUAUCAUCAACCACUAUUUUGUUCUGAUAUUCAGGGGGUAGUUCACUGACCUCAUUUAAGCAGUCUGGGGUUGUAAUUCUAGUCAGUUCAAUUCAUGAUUCAUGUAUCUAGGGUUUGAAGUUGAUUUCCCAUGGUUCAUAAUCUCAGACAAUGCUCUUCUCGUA